UGAUACAACCCGGAGUUGUUGAGCUGGCGGUGUUUACCUUCCAGGCGUGAAGCGUUCCGGGUACAUUGGGCUCCUUUGUAUUUUCUGCAGAGUGCGCUGGUCAUGGUUGCGCUCAGAAAAUCCUGGACGGAAUUAUGUGAGAAUAUGUGAGCUGCAAAACUUCUGAAUGUGAGGUGUUGGCAGGGGAUUCUGCCACCGUGUUUGUGUGACUCGGAAGCUGCUCCACCUUCCAUCAGCCUGCACAGUUACGAGGACAGAGCACAGCAGUACCAGAAAGCCCCUUUGAAAGACCUUAUGGUGUAACUGGGCUGUAUAUACAGCACACAUGUUCACACUCAGUAAUUCAAUUACAUUUCUUGCAGGUUUUGAGUUCUCCCCUGUUGGGGACCAGGCUCAUUCCUAAAUAGCUAAUCAGAAUGAAAGAGUGCCUGUUACUAAAGAUAUAUUGACUUUCAUCCAGCCUUUGCUACUGAUAUGUGACUUCUAUAGUGGAAAACUGUAUACAGUGAUUUUUAAGGGAUACACAAAAUUCUACAAAUACGGGGAAAAUUGAACCAUUUUUUAAGUAUUGCUGUUUGGCAUGUCAUCCUUGGCUGAAUCACUUCCCGUUGAAUCACAAAAUAGGCUAGGGACAAACUUCAUUGUUCAGAAAAUAGUUUGUCUGUUCACGUAAGGAAAAACUUGGCAGGUUUUUUUUGUUGGAAUGAUCAUCUUUGAUCAUGAAUUAGUACUAUUUACCUUGUGGGACUUCUUUUCUGUCUUCAUGGAAGCAGUGAAGUUCUAAAUCUACUUCAGGUCAGUUCUGUAAGUGUGAGCAUAGAGAAAACAAAGUGUUGACUUUGAAAUAAAUUAAUACAAACAGUUGACAGUUUUUUAAAAAAAAGGUGAGUUGCUCACUUUUUUGUUAUUUUUCCCUCGGUAUGUAAAUCCCUUUUGUAAUUUAUUUUCUAAUUUGUAAUUCUAUAAUUUAUGUAUAGUCUUCUAGCUAAACCUGUUUGAGCAGGGAUAGAUGAGCACAAAUAGAUUGCCUCAAGAGGUUCUUUUCAACAUCAACAAUCCUGUAAUUCUGUGAAUUUGAUUUAUUAAUGUAGCCAAGUAGAGAUUACAACAAGGUUCUACAAUUGACUUCUUAGUCUGCUUAAGUUAGUAUUUUGUAUCUGCAAAAACAAUACAGAAAAUACUCAGUUACUGUUUCAAUGCAGAUGUGGGAGCUCUUCAGAUAUCUAGAUUUGGAAAGAUUGCUUCAAAUCAAAUGACUAAAGCAGAGAUUCCUGUUAACAUUGGUAAAACUCCCCAUAUAAUUAGCUUUAAUUCUUGUAUCAAAUUACAUACAAAGAUGUAUAUGUCUUUCUGUUAAGUCGCAUAAAAACAGGACUAUUUCAGAGGAGCAGCUGAAUUCCAGAGUUUAAUUACUGCAUUACAUUGAAUGACCAUGAUUUUUCCAUACAUCUUUCCUUAAGAACAUACUUUAGCAAAAGGUAAUAUGCAAGGGGAUACAUACUUUCUUCAUAAAAUCAGGAGUAAAGGCAGUGAUUUUAUUACUGGGGCUUUUUUGGUUGUUUGGUCUUUCUUUUUAUAAACCUGAAUGAUACAGAAUAAGCUUAUAUGCACUCGAAGGUUCCACACUGACUUCUGCCCGUCCUGUGACUUCAUAGCUCUCGCUGUUACACUCUGAGGCCUUUUCAGAGAUGGAAGCCAAUUUGUGUGCCAGUUUUGUAGCAGGUACGGGAAAAUCCUCCCUGUUGGUCACAAGUACAGAAUGGAGACUAGUCAUUGAUUUUUUGGAUUGAAAACAAUGGGUAGAAAAGAUGCCUCUACAUCAAGGACUCCUGUUGACCAGUACAGGAAACAGAUAGGAAAACAAGAUUAUAAGAAAACCAGGCCUAUGUUAAGAGCCACAAGAUUAAAAGCAGAGGCCAAGAAAACUGCACUAGGCGUAAAGGAAGUUGCCCUUGUCCUUGCAGCUAUACUGGUAUUUUUGUUGGCUUUCUAUGCUUUCUUUUAUCUUAACAUUUCCAAUGAAGUUGACCUUGAUCUGGAUCCAGAUGAAAACUAGCAGAUGCAAUGAAUCUAUCAUCAAGAUUUCUUCUGCUUCAACAAGACUGCAUAGGAACACACAGUCCCUUCAGUGUGAGACCGUAAAUGAUGCCAUUUCUUGCAGUCCAAAUUCAUAAGAAAGUUUUGCAAUACGUCAGUCACCUCUACAUUCUAGAUCUCCAAAAUAAGAACACUUAUGCCUGGCCAAGUGUAUUUGAUUAACACCAAGGCCAGGAGCAACAGUACAAUACAUGAAAUUUAUUGUUUACAUUAUUUUUGUCUCAGGCAGAGAACUUUGAUGUCAAAAGACAGGUACUAUUAUUAUCAUGGAUAUUCAUGCUGACUUCACAGGAGUGUCUGCCUUGACCAAACUUAGGAAUCAAAGCUUCCUAAUAACCAAAUUAGUUUCCUUUUCCAAAAGAAAGCAGAAAUACCAAAUAAAAAGUCUUUUAUUUAAAAUAUAUCAAAACACCCUCAUCCUCCCUCUCCCUUUUAAUCUUUCUUGGGCAUGUGUGCACACGCGCGCACAUGAAGAUGGAAGAAAUUGUAGGAGAAAAAAAUCCUUUUAGAAGCAGUCUGUCACCUUCUAUAUGGACUUAAUUUUAUGUCAUCCCAGAUUCUGUGUGCUCAUAUAUCUGCAGUAAUCUUUUUCAUUCUUUUGCCAACUGUUCAGCACACAUGUGUUCUGUUAGAAAUGGCACCUGGAUGACAGAAGCUCUAACAUUCGCAUAUGCUUCUGAAACACAGUUCUUUGCUGCUGUGCUGUCUGAACUAGUGUAAAUAGAAAGUUCAGUUGAUGUUGGUUUUAAUUAGUAUAUUAGUCUAUUAUUAAUAUAAAGUCAAAAUUGUAUUUUAAUUAUACUCUUCCUGAUGGUUGUGGUAUCAACUUGCUCUACCCGUUAGGGGAAUGUUGUAAAAAAACGCUCCUUUCCAGCUAUACAAUCAUUUUAAUCAUCAAACUAAUGUAAGAAGUUGUAAGUAAUAAGAAAGCACUUUUUUUUCCAGGUGUACUAAUAAUUGGGUAAAUCUUGGCUCCAUGACAUGUUUCAGUUCUUGCAAAGUACCUUUCAAAUUAUGCACUGUAGAUAACAUUUCUGAUCCCUUUGAUAGCCACAGGUCGCUUGAAGGAGUUGGUAUGUCAGAGCAGCUGCAAGGAGCUUUAGAAUUCUGGCUUUAUCCUGUUCUGCUUCGAGUUUGGCAUAUAACGAAACUUGUGGAUAUAAAGGUUCAGCUUUGAAUCCUUUAAACGUGUGGUCAGUCUUUGUCUGGUUCAGAUUCAGUUUGAUAUCAAGAAAAGCGUAGAGCCAUUGGUACUGAAUGUGGCAAGGAAGUUAGGCAGACUGACUUCCUGAAAAGUUUUCAUAAUUUUUAAGUUUUAUUAGUGAACUAGCUUCACUUUACCUUUGAUACAAAUUUCAGGGCUGAAUGUUAGGUUUAAUUGCAACUGAGAUAUUUACUGUCUUGUUCCCGAGAUGCCUAAGAUUUCUUGUAGUGAUUUUGAAGACAAAGGGAUACAAAUCACAGCAAAUAUUAUAAUGGAAAAUAUAUUUCUUUUAAAUUGACACAGUCCCAUUAUCACCACUUAAGAAACUUAGAUCAGUACAGUUAAUUUUUAAACCAUACAGUAACUGUGAGCAUAUACAUUAUGAGUCUCUAAGGAUUCACUUCUUAUCUGUCAUACUCCUUACUCACUUUAUGCAAUGCAAAACAACUCCUCUAAAAAUUAAGAGUACAACAGUCUUCCGAGAAGAACACAGAAGAGAAACAUGUAUGUGCAAAUAUUUCUCUUUUUCUAAUUAUGACUCUUACAGACACAAAAUUCUAACAUGUAUGCAUGCAUGUGACUUAUAGUCUGAUGCUACUUGCACACAUGACCACACACGUAGCAACAUGUUGAAUUUAUGGUGAAACAUUAUCUGACACAUGGCCUAAUUUUCAGUGGAGGGAAAAGUGUAUCACAAGCUGUCUGCUUGGAUGUGACAUGCCUUUUGCUUCACCAGUGUCCCACCACAUGUCACAGAAGCUGCACACCUUUCCUGUUACUUUGCAUUAGCAAUUUUCUUGUUCUAUAAGAUACUGGAAGGAUUGCUUUCUUAAUGUCUGCAUAGAGCUCUCUGGGUGAUGCAUGGCCUGAGAAAGAUGUGUAGUUACUCCCUUCACACAGGUUGUCUUGUAACCUGCUCUCUGAAUUGGUUAUAACAAGCAAGCAAUUCUUACUGUCAAAUUUAUUAACAUGAAGUUCCUAGAACAGGAAGGUUACCUUUCCCAUAAUUAUGAAUCAGACAAAAACUAAUGCAUAUAUAUAUUGUAAUUCUAGCAAGUUCCCUGAUGUGCGGCUCAUAAGUCUGUAUUGCCCACAAGUGCCAUAGUUUGCAGUGUGUUUGCUUUGUUUAGAUAUUAGGCAUUUUCAUUUACGUGAAAGAUCAUAAACUUGUAGAAUGGAUCAUCGAAUCAUAGAAUGGUUUGGCUUGGAAGGGACCUUAAAGUUCAUCUAGUUCCAACCCCACUGCCAUGACC